CUCCUCCCAGAGCAUGGACAGCCCGCAUAAAUUUUUAAAGCAUUUUAUCCUGGGGAAUCUUUCCAAUCGUCUUCGAGAGAACUUUUUCCCAAUGUAUACAAAGGUCAAGCGGUGCCCUGCUGGCCACGAAUCCGUAUCAAAGAACCUCUUGUUAGACAUCGAUUGUAUCCAUGAAUGCAUAACAACAAGAGAUCCUGUUCAAUUCUCGGACCAGUUUUACGCUCACCAUAUCCUGGCACCAACGACAUCAAAAUGCGCACAUGAAUUGUGUAACGAAGAUGCUGAUCAACACAACGCCAUAACAAAAUAUUCGCCAUUUCUUGUAUUGGGUGCAACACAGACCCAGGAUCCGGCAGGCAAAGGAGGACUGUCCUACACCCACUUUCCGUACAACCUCCGGUUCGAUGAUGCCCAUUACGUUCUACAAGCAAAAAUAUUCAGUACUGCAGAUUCGGGCGCUCACUUUUACACUGUUGCCACCGUUGAACACAACGAUUCCUAUUUUCUUGCACAGAUCGACAACCUGCAGAAACAAGUACAAAUAGUUCAAGACAAAGUUACAAGCGAGUUCCCGCCUGAAGACCUUUGUCAUUCAGACAAAACAGUCGUAGCAUGCUACAAGUUGGCUAGCGUCAAUGACAGAAAUUACAAAUAUCUGCGAAUUUUGAGGAAACACGCAAAUGGCGGGUCAAGACCACUGGGUUCCUAUCAGCAGCAGAACCAAGAACAACAGCUAUUCUGCUAUACGCAUCGUAUAGAAUAUGUUUAUAGAGCCAUUGCUACUGAGGAAUUCUAUCCGUUAUCCAUCGACUUUGUCGCACUCCCAAAGCGCAUUCAUAAUUUCAAAAGCCAGCUCGAAGACAUCCUCUACGGUAGACGACCAAGCUUUUACAAAGACCUCACCAUAAAAUCAAUCAAGAAGAAUGGUGCUCAAAAUGCACAAAAUAUUGGCGUCAUGUUGGGUCGCGUCUCCGAACUACGGCCUGGAUACUACGGAUCUCGUGGAAGUGUUGUCAUUACAGAAACACUUGCUGAUAUGUUUAUGGAAAAACUUGACCAAGACCACAACAUUGAAAGAUUGCGCCUUACAUACAUGUCUUACAUCCAAAUGAUCCUUGCGCCGGAAACAGCCAUUUUACUUAUAGCUGAAGAUCUGGAAGAAGGUAGAAGGAGCAAAAAUUUAAAUGAAUGGGAUCUAAUGCAGAUAGAAGGCGUUGAAGAUCUCACAUCUUAUGCACGACUUCGCAUGUGGAAAAGUGCACAGUUUGGUUCCAUUGUAUUUCCAGAAACGUAUAAAUAGUAUCUGACAGCUUUCAUUACCUUUUUUCCGAUUUUUUCUUGUUGCAACAACCCAUUUGUUUAUCUCUCCUCCAUUUCAUUUCUAUUUUUCUCUGUCAGACACAAUUACUGUUAUCCACCUUAUAUUAACUCUCACAUGAAUUAGCGUUUUAAUUCUCUUAUAUUUUCUCUUGGAUUUUACCUUUUUAUACAUAAACACCGACUUCUUAUCACAGUAGCUUAUGUUAAAGGGCUGU